AUGUCGCUCUCGAAAGAGUUACGCACGUCGUCGAUCAGCUCGACGCAGGUCAAAUUUCCGUUUGACCUUGAGCCGCCAAUGACCAAAUUAUCGUUUGGUCAGUAUGCGGUGCAAGGCGUACCACUCUCACAAACAGUCACUUUUCACAACAAAACAAACGACGCUUAUCGAAUGACAAUUUUAGUUAGCACAUCGUCAAAGUAUAUUUUAGAGGUGGAUGAGGAGAAACUGAAUAUCAAAAAACAAAGUCGGAAGAGUGUUGUUAUUACAGUGUGUUUUAACACAGUCUCAGUCGCGGGAUUGACUGGAGAGGUGACAUUUCAAUUAAAGAAAAAAGCACUGAUUGGCAAUGAAACUUCAGUGCUAACUCUUCGAUUCCAUAUGGUGGGGGUUAUUCCUAUUAUUCAUACAAAAGAUGUUAUAUACGCAGAAGACCCCAAACCACCAAAAGUAGUUCAAGACACCAUCGUCAGGAAAAUUAUCAUCACUGACGCGAAAAAGAAUAAAGAAAGAGUGCCGACAAUGAACCCAACUGAACUUCAUACAUUGACAAGUGGACUGAGUGAUUGUAUUAAAGUUGGCGAUGCAAAAGGCCGAUUUGCGACGUACAAAGGUUCUGGUAAAGUUUUUGUUUUCAAAUUUGACCCCGAGGAGUCCUUUGUAACUUCUGACGACAUUAAAAGGAUAUUAGAUAAUUACACAAUAAUACACCACACAACAGUGGUGCAAAUGGUUGGUGUGAAUUAUGAACGGUCACUUCUUGUUUUAGAAGCAGAUACACAAUUUAGUCUUGACCAAGUCCUUGACCGUUCUUUACCCCCAUUCUUCAUUGGGCGGUGUUGUGUGAAUUUGGUCACUGCACUCCAAUAUCUCUCAUCAGAAGGAAUUAUUCAUCGGAAUGUGAAGCCACACAAACUUAGGCUCUGCAAGUCUGCAUCUAUGGGUGGAGUCGGAAAUAGUCUCUUUGUCAAAUUGCAUGACUUCUCGUGCGCAGUUCAAGUGAAGGAAGGCGAGUUGAUAAGAGACUUUGUUGGCACGCUGGAGUAUAUGGCGCCGGAGGUGAUCAAAGGCGAUGGGUACUCCCUGCAAGUUGACACAUUUAGUCUUGGGAUGACGAUGUACCACUUGUUCAGUUGUAAAAAGCCAUACGAGGAAAUGUCCCAACUUCAGAUCAAAGAAUUUGUUACAAGUGGAAAACGGCUUACUUUGCCAGAAAAUGUACCGCUCCAAAUUGUGGCACUUAUUAAUAAAUGUUGGGCUCAAGACCCUGAAAAAAGACCGGAUUACAAAUUCAUAUUGAAUUCCCUCAAUGAGUUUGGAAGGUCAACGCCUUGUGUUUGA